GGUCAGUGCGUUUUUUACAGUGCAUGCUUAGCAAAUGGCCAGAUUUUUUAUUACUACAAACAGCCAGUAAAGAAAUCAAAAUUUUGUACGGUACUAAAUCUUGAGCCGGUUUGGGUUACGUCACCAGAAGGAUUUUGUGUGCGUGUGUUGCGGCGCCCGCGUCUUGACUAUAACCAAGGUAUUCUCAUCGCACAUGGCAACAGAUAAAGUGUGCUUUUUACAGAUUUUCUAAAAUCUAUCGGUGUUGUCUAGCAUUGGUCUCCAACUCCUACGCCGCUGGUAAAAUGGCAAUGCUAGAGGCUUUCCGUGAUUUAUGUAGCAAGUAUUCUUAUGAUGUUUUAUCCGGUGCUCCCAUGUCACAAGGCCGGUAUUCACUUGUCCACGUUGCUUAUCGCAAAAAGCCGGCAAAUGAAAAAGCAGUAUUGAAAUGUAUUGUGAAAAACCGACGUGACGAAUCCACUGGCGAUAUCGAAUGGAACUGUCUCCAUGAAGCUAAGAUGCUGGAGAAAUUAGAUCAUGAAAAUAUCAUUAAACUUUAUAGUUAUUUUGAGAGCGAGCACUUUGUUGUGAUGGAAUUAGAAUUUGAGCAUCAAGGGAAUCUCCGAGAGCAUGUCCACAAGUAUCAUUCUUUGAGUGAAACAGAAUGUAAUCGCCUGAUCAAAGAGGUCGUCAGCGCAGUGUCUUAUCUGCAUGCCAUAGACAUUGUCCAUCGUGAUCUUAAGUGCUCGAAUGUUGUUCUGUGUUGUUGCAGUUUCGUGCGCACUAAGCUGAUAGAUUUCGAAUUUAGUAAGGACAUUUCUUUGGAUAAAUUUCGAGGAGACGCUCAACCACAUACAUUCUGCGGCUCGCCAACAUACGCUGCACCACAACUUCUUGACUUUGUGACAUGUGACUUAAAGGCUGCAGAUGUCUGGGCGAUCGGAGUGAUGCUUUUCUUCAUGUUGACAGAAACCUUUCCAUUCGGUAGUGGAGACGUGAAAAGUGUGCGGAAGAAGAUAAGGGGAGGUCCAUUCUGGCCUCUGGGAAAAAGCAUCAGUGACCAAUGCAAAGAGGUUGUGAUGUCUGCUCUAACAGUUGACGAAGACAACAGAGCAACCAUUCAGAUGUUUGAGGAGAAUUCAUGGGUGUCGGCGUAUAAUGGUCCUAAUUGUGUUGCUGCUAAAGAAAUCUCAGAAGCUGCCAUAAAUUCUUCCUGGCAUCAUUAAGCCUGCGAAACAUAAAAAAUAAAGCACAGGAUCUAGUGGUUAAGUUUCGCGGUUUGUGCUGUAAAAAGUUUUGAGAGAUGCUUGCUGGAGAGUUUAUAUCUAUCGAAGACAUAUAUUUUUUUAACGAAAUUUUUGUCAAUUAACUUUAUAUGUAGUAAUUGAAAUGUUCGGCGUUGGUUUUUACAGCUGUAUUGACCAUACAUUCAAAUCGUAAAAUUAAUGAUGAGGAAGAACAGUGAAAAAGUCGACCAAUUCAAACGUACCUAAACUCGAAGGUGUGAGGUUGUUUCGCAGAUCGUAUAUCUUUGACCUCAUUCACUCGUUAUUAUCAAUUUCACACUUUCCAAGUGUCUCUUAAUAAGUAAAAUUACAAUACGGGGUAAAGGGCAGAGUAUAUAAAUUAAUAUAAGAUAUAAAAAGUGAUAUUUAAAGUCUAUAAAAGUACAUUAAGAAUGUACAUGAAUAUAUUUAAAAAUACUAAAUCCUCCAAAAUACAAAAAAAAAAUGAAAUUAGAAUAUGAGGCAUACGAUGAAGUUUAAUUAAUUAAUUAAUUAAAAAAGAAUUGAUUAAAAUUAUUAGGGACUAUUGCACAACAGAGAGAGGACGUUAGGCUAAAUAUUAUGUAAAAAUUGAUUUGAAAAUGACAUGAAGGUUUUACUUCAAAAUCGGUCCUUGCCCUACUGAACUGACAUGAAUUCUUUAAAUUCUCACUAUGUGUCCCAUGCCAUUUGAAUGAGAUCCACCCAGAUCCCCGACUAAAUAACAUUAUAUUAUACUGUACUCACCAGAGUGUCCCCCAUUUAGUCAGAUUCAAGUUAAAAGAAAGAAAGAAAAAGAAGUUAUGAUCAUCCAAAACGCAUCAGAGGAGUUUUUCUGGGCGUCUAACAAAAAUUUCUCGGGGGCAUGCACCGGACCCUCUAGGGUAGUGAUGUCUCUCAAUUGACCCCCCGCCCCCAUUUCGGACAUGCCUGG